CGUCCAGCUCGGGCGCCGCGCUGCGCACCCCGGAGUGUGGAGCGCCCCGGGCCGGGGGUGCAGUGAGCCUCGCAGGCCGUGUGGCCAGCAUCACCCGCUGCGUUUGCUGCGACCCCCGCCUUUUUGCAGGCGUCUCGCCACCAGUGCUUUGGAUCAAACCCAAGACUUGAGCAUGUUAGGCAAGCACUCCUGAUAUUGUUUUUAUAGUUUAGCAGGUAAUGUUGAAGAUUCUUUUUCGACUAGUUAAAAACAUGGAGCCAGAAACCGAGGGGCCACCACCAACAGUCCAAGUGACACCUCUUCAGCAAAUGAUUGCCUCUUGUACUGGAGCUAUAUUGACAUCACUAAUGGUGACACCCCUGGAUGUUAUUAAGAUUCGACUCCAAGUCCAGAACAACCCAUUCCCCAAAGGAAAGUGUUUUGUGUACAGUAACGGACUCAUGGACCAUAUGUGUGUCUGUGACAAUGGAAGCAAGAAAGCAUGGUAUAAGAAGCCAGGGAAUUUCCAGGGAACGUUGGAUGCCUUUUUAAAAAUUCUUCGAAAUGAGGGCAUUAAAUCCCUUUGGAGUGGCCUGCCUCCUACUCUAGUGAUGGCAAUUCCUGCCACAGUUAUUUAUUUUACCUGCUAUGAACAAUUAAGUGCUUUUUUGAGAACUAAAUUAGGAGAAAAUGAAACCCGAAUACCAAUAGUUGCUGGGAUUGUUGCCAGAUUUGGUGCAGUAACAGUGAUAAGUCCAUUAGAACUGAUCAGAACUAAGAUGCAGUCUAAGAAGUUUUCUUACAAGGAACUCCAUGGAUUUGUGAGCGGGAAAGUGUCAGAAGAAGGUUGGAUUUCCCUCUGGAAGGGCUGGGCUCCAACUCUACUUAGAGACGUGCCUUUCUCAGCAAUGUACUGGUAUAACUAUGAGAUUGUAAAGAACUGGUUGUGUGAGAAAUCUGGUUUAUAUGAACCGACAUUUAUGAUCAACUUUACUUCAGGGGCAUUGUCUGGUUCUUUUGCUGCUGUUGCAACUUUACCAUUUGACGUGGUGAAAACCCAGAAACAGACACAGCUCUGGACGUACGAGAGUGGUAAAGUUCCUGUGCCUUUGCAUUUGUCAACCUGGGCUAUAAUGAAGAACAUUAUUGCUGAAAAUGGAUUUUCUGGGUUGUUUACAGGUCUAAUUCCUCGAUUAGUUAAAAUUGCUCCUGCUUGUGCCAUUAUGAUCAGCACAUAUGAACUUGGAAAGGCUUUUUUCCAGAAACAAAAUAUUGAAAGGCAGUAAUUCUCUUGAUGGACUUUUGUCUUAAAAUAUCAACCAGAGCCAAAUGAGAUGAAGAUUGAUAAGCAAGUUUUUUUUUUCAACAUUAUUCUCUUACAGUGUGACUUUAUCUGUCUUCCCUAUAAUUUUUAAGUGAAUAAUAAUUUCUAAUCUACCUCUAAGCCAUAAUCCUAGUUUUAAUUUUUUGAGAUUUUUAAAACAUAAUCCAGAAGCUGCAGCCAUUUUGUACUAUUGCAGAGAAAAUUACUCCUUAGGAGAGAAAGAAGUUUUCUGAGUGCAUAUAGCAUUAUGUAUUUCAGUAUGUUGAUGCUGUGAAUGUGGCGGCACAUCAGAACAUUUGGAUGGUGUACUGAAUGAUGCGGUCUGGAGAAUUAAGUUCAGUCUCACACACAGCAGAGAGUGGAAGGAGUUGUCAAGUGGCAGAGUUCCCCUCCCCCAGAUGGUGGCUCGUGACCCCUUCAUUCAGGUGCAUGGUGUCCCCUCACUCUCGUUACUGCUGCCCUAAGGCCUCGUGGAGCUUGGACUUUCCCUGAUGAAAGCUGCAGCCACUUUAUCUGUAUGAACCAAAGUACAAUCAUUUACAGGAUGUGGCUCCACAUUUUAAGACUAAUUCACUCAAAUUUGGGUCUACAGUAGAAAACCCUGCUGAACUUAGACUAGUGAAAAUAAAUAGUUUUGGGCAUGGGAAUGUGCUUUUUACCUAGCUUGUCUUCCAAGUGUCAUUGCUUGUAGAGUUCUUUAGGUCAGUUCUACAACUUUUUCCAAUAAAAUCAACAUACGAAAAGGCCAAAAUAUAAAAUGAUCCAAAAAUGUCAACUCUUUAUGUGAUGUCCUCAAAUAAUGCUUCUACAAGUGGAAAAUCCUGCACCUUCCCUUGGGUGAUAGCAUACAGAAUGUAGGCACAUAGAAACAUAUAAAUUGCCUUCAGGCUGUUUGUAUAAAUUGUACAUGACAUACAUGAAUAUAUUUAUCACUAAGUAGGAAUGAGGUUUUUGAAAAUUAGAUUUGUUUUUUGUGUAUAUCUAUGUAUAUAUGAAGGUCAGAGGAAAACUUUCAGGAGUUAGCUCUCACCUCCCAUCAUGUGGGUCUUGGGAUUUGAACUGAGGUCCUCAGGCUUAGCAGCAAGUGCCUUUACCCACUGAGCCAUCUUAAUGGCCCAGGAAUGAGAUUUUUAAGUAUGCUUGAAAUGUAGCUCAGGAGUAGAAGAACACUUGCUUUUGGAAUGUGAAACUCUUCUGUUUGAUCUCCAGCACAGAUGAUAAAUAAUUUAAUUAAUAAAUUAGGUGGCAAAGCAAGAAAUGCUAUUCUGUUUUACUUAUCCCAGUAAAGCAAAAAGCAUGUUACCACAUUCUUUUUGCAUCCUAUGAAAUAUGAAGUAUCUCCUCCCUGCCCCAACAGCAUAAUGUAUUUGGUAACAGUGAUCUCUAGUGUUGGUAGGAGAACAAAUGCAUAGUAGAAAGUGUUUGUAUGUUUCAUCAGAAAUAAAUGAUACAGGGUUUAUUGUAUCAUGGUGUUUUACAUUACAAUCCUGUGUUGAUUUACAUUAAAAGUUUAAUAUAUCUAUCUAUAUAUAUAUUUGUGAUUUUCUUUUUUUUUUCAUUAAAAUAUUUUAUGCUGCUUAAAAGUA